UUGCAUUUAUCAAAGUAUUAAAUAGAGAAGUUUGAUCAAUAUUCAUUAACGUGUGGAGAGCGAUACCUGCAACUACAGCAAUAUAACGUUAAAGUGCAGUAUAUAAUCCCUGUAUGAGAAUAGUGACGAGUGUUGUAUGAGCGCGAGAUCAGUUUGAGGAAGUAAUACAUUGUAACUAGAGACGAACAAACGUGCACUGCGUGAGAGACGGUGUUUAGCAAAUAAUAAUUACUCUCCCACAAGGGUUAUUAUUGACAGCAACUGGUUUGAUUCCGGGUUAAACGGUUUCAUUUUGUUUUUGAACUUCCAAGAUCAUUGUUACAACAUACGAAAGCAACUUAUUUAGGAUGAAUGUACUUCAAAGAGUUGUCACGGGAACUGCUAGAAUUGUUAAACCCGGAGUGGAUUUCAUGGGAACGUGCUGCGCGUUUACUGGGCAGAUUAAGCGAUUGUUCCCUCUGAGGUUUAAUCAAAACCGCUCAUGGUGUUCUGUUGGGCCGGCUGAUGAUCGGCCUGAAAUCAGCUUGAAUCGACUUGAAGGGGAAGACAACGGUAUAGUGGAAGUGCUCAUGUGUCGUGAGAAGGCACGGAACUCACUGGGCUGCGUGUUUGUGGGUCAGAUGAGAGAGUUGGUUUCAUCAUUACAUCAUGACACAGCAGUUCGUGUGGUGCUAUUCAGAAGUUUGGUCCCUGGAGUGUUUUGUGCAGGGGCAGAUCUUAAGGAGAGAGCUCAGAUGAGCAACUUUGAGGCAGAACACUUUGUGCACAGCUUACGAUCGCUGAUGAAUGAUAUUGCUGCUCUGCCCAUGCCAGCCAUCGCAGCAGUGGACGGCUUUGCUCUGGGGGGCGGAUUGGAGUUGGCAUUAGCAUGUGAUAUACGUACGGCAGCACAUACUGCACAGAUGGGCCUGAUUGAAACUACGCGAGGAUUACUCCCAGGGGCAGGAGGUAGUCAGAGGUUGCCACGGACGGUGGGCUUCGCCAUUGCAAAAGAGCUGAUAUUCACCGGCCGGUGUGUUGGGGGUGAGCAGGCUAUGGAGUUAGGGCUGGUCAACCGCUCUGUGCCACAGAACCAGACGGGAGACGCGGCACAUAAAGAGGCUCUGAGUUUAGCUCAAGAAAUCCUUCCUCAGGCCCCGAUAGCAGUGCGCAUGGCUAAAGUAGCCAUGAAUCGUGGUGCUGAGGUGGACAUCUCUUCAGGAAUGGCUAUUGAAGGAAUGUGUUAUGCCAGGCUCAUUCCAACACAGGACAGACAAGAGGGAAUGGCCGCGUUUAUAGAGAAGAGACCCCCAAGAUACAUCGGCGAGUGAAUGUUCAAGUCUCCCAUAUGCACUACUGCAGCGUUUUCAUCUCUGGAUGUUUUUUCAUUUGUUUUAAAUCAGCACAUUCUGUACUGACAUAAAGUGCUGGGUUUAAUUUUCACUGGUGUUGUUUUUAGAUGUUAUGCAAAUUUCAAAAGUUUCACUUUACACAGGGAAUUUUUUGUCUUGCAUUUCUGGAUGAUUUUUUUGAAUUUAAAUGAAUUUCUGAGAUUUAGAAAAUACCUU